AAUAAAUUGACCUCAUUCAUAAGAGGCCAUGCUCAAUAAACGGGUGGUUGAUCAGUUUUGGGGAAGUUAGGUAUUAAGAUUUCCUACUCCUAACUACACACCAUUAAUAUGACAAGCUAAUUAUAGCCCAAUUAUUUGCCCUUUUAAACCAGGAAUUUCUCUCUCUUAUCAACUGACUACUUCGUUAUGCUCUAGAUUUAAGCUCAUCAUUUGGAUCUCCGCCAAAAUUACCCAGAAAAAUUAAAAGGGUUUGCUGCAAAUUCAAUCUUCUGUACUGGGUUUCUCUUAAUCUUCUCCCAAAAUGAAGGUUUUGGUUGUGACGCGUAGUGGGAAGGAGUUAUUGAAGGGCGGAAUCGAGCUCAAUGAUUCGGCGACUGUUUCUGAUCUACAGGAAGCAAUUCACAAGAGAACCAAGAAAUAUUAUCCUUCCAGACAACGUUUAACUCUUCCUGUCCAACCGGGAUCAAAGGAAAGACCAGCUGUCCUAAACAGCAAGAAGAGCCUCAAAGAGUAUUCUGAUGGUAAUUCAAACACCUUAACUGUGGUGUUCAAGGACCUGGGACCCCAGGUUUCUUACCGUACUCUUUUCUUUUUUGAGUACUUGGGUCCUUUGGUAAUCUACCCCAUUUUUCACUACCUCCCUGUCUAUCGGUUCUUUGGCUACAAAGAGGAGCGUGUCAUACACCCAGUGCAGACGUAUGCUUGUUAUUAUUGGUGUUUUCACUAUUUCAAACGUAUCAUGGAAACAUUUUUUGUGCAUCGCUUCAGCCAUGCAACUUCUCCUCUGUCCAAUGUGUUCCGCAAUUGCUUGUACUACUGGACCUUUGGAGCUUUCAUUGCAUACUACGUGAAUCAUCCACUCUACACCCCUGUUAGUGAGCUGCAAUGGAAGAUUGGAUUUGGAUUUGGGUUGCUCUGCCAGCUUUCAAACUUCUACUGUCAUAUCUUGUUGAAGAAUCUGCGGAGGCCUGAUGGAAAUGGAGGUUACCAGAUACCUCAUGGGUUUUUGUUCAAUAUUGUGACUUGUGCCAACUACACCACAGAGAUUUAUCAGUGGGUAGGCUUCAAUAUUGCUACCCAAACUGUGGCAGGUUAUGUCUUUGCCGUGGUUGCUGCCGGUAUUAUGACUAACUGGGCACUUGCGAAGCAUAGGCGUCUCAAGAAGUUGUUUGACGGUAAGGAUGGAAAACCCAAGUACCCACGCAGAUGGGUGAUAUUGCCUCCAUUCCUGUAGAAAAGAGCUGCAGUAGAUUUCCUGGAUCGACACUGUCUCCAUCGUUCUGUCCCUGUUUGAGUUAGCCCAAUAAUUCAAGCUACAUCUUACUAUAAGUUAUUCAAGCUUCAUGUUCAAGCUACUCGAUUAAUCAUGUUCUCGUUGCUGCAAACUUACUUCAGUGUAGUAAUCAAUCCUGUCACAUCUCUAGAUCAUUCAAGUAAACUUGUAUCCCUAUUUUUGUAUCUCCAUAAGUUUUUCUUUGUUUCCCGUCUUUCAGGAUAAUGAAAUAGCAUUCGAAACCAAUCAUAUUAAUACCUUAUUUAUCAAUGCUUAAACAUAUCUUAAUUUUAAACCUUUCUGUC